GCGGCGCGGGGACCCGGCUGCCCGGCCUGGGAGCCGGCCCCGGGGGCAGUCUCGAGGCGGCUGCGUGGUUUCCGCUCCCACGGAAAGCUGUCCGCGUCUCUAGCUGCGGGGACCUCUAGCUGGGACGUCUCGGGCGCGGGCGACCUGCCCCGGGCUGGUGCAUUUAGUCCGGGCGGACGGAACACACCUGGGCUUGGAGUGGUCCCGCCCGCCCAGCCUUUGGGACGGUAAUUUGUGGAAGUGAGGACCGGUGGUGGGAUCUCCCCGCUAAGAACGCGUUGAGACCUUCUGCGGAAGAGUCGCCCGCUUUCGUCUGUUUCACUUUUGCCGGCCAGCGGGGCGUUACCGGAGGACUACGGCGGAACAGCCUCACUUGCGCGGAUUCCCCCGGAGCCAGCGUUCUAGAGGCAUCAUUGACUGCAGUGCAGCGUAGUGUCUGGAUGUUAGAGGGAAGCUGGAGAAAAGAGGACAUGACAAGAAAUGAACUACUUUCAAAACUGGAGUCACCUGUUUUAAAAAUCUGUGGCUUAUUUUAAUAUGCAUGAAAGCCUCUGGAAAGUCUUUGAACGUGUGAAGACUGAAGUGGAGCAGAUUCCUUGGUGAGGAUCUUUUCAAAGGUCCUUUGGUAUAUACCAGCUGCAGACUGAGUCAGAGGAGUCAUCAUAAACCCAGACCAGCUGGAAAACCAGCAGCUCCCUUUUCCUGUCUCUUGGAAUGCUCAGUCCAACAUGCUGGGAGAAACCAAGCAGACACAUAGGAGAUCCCUUAUAGUUGUUAUAGCUGACAGCUCCAGUGACCUAGCCAACUGCCAGCAUCAACUGCUAGACAUAUGAAAAAUUGAGGAACCAAGAAGUGAUUUCUACCACCCCUUAAUAUUGGACAUUUUAGUGGCUAACAGUGCUGUGAUAUUAUAAACAACGUUGCCACGAAGGUCAUUGUUCAUGUUCUUAAAGAAUGUCUUUAUGAUAAAUUCCAAAAAGCAGAACUGCUGGGUCUAAAGGUGUUUACGUUUCUAAAAGUUUUUUGUAACAGACUCAGAUAUUUCCUUCAGGGGGACUACAUUGUUUACACUUCAUUCAACAACAGAAAGCAACCAGUGAGAUGAAUACUGCUGAGGAUUGGGGCCUCAUUUUGGAUAUUUGUGAUAAAGUCGGUCAAUCUCGAACUGGACCCAAAGAUUGUCUUCGGUCUGUUAUGAGGAGGGUGAACCAUAAAGAUCCUCAUGUUGCUAUGCAAGCUCUGACUCUUCUAGGAGCAUGUGUAUCAAACUGCGGCAAAAUUUUUCAUUUAGAAGUAUGUUCAAGAGAUUUUGCUAGUGAAGUAAGCAACGUACUAAACAAGGGUCAUCCUAAAGUCUGUGAAAAAUUAAAGGCUCUUAUGGUUGAAUGGACAGAUGAAUUUAAGAAUGAUCCACAGCUUAGUCUAAUAUCAGCAAUGAUUAAGAACCUUAAGGAACAAGGAGUUACGUUUCCAGCUAUUGGCUCUCAGGCUGCAGAACAAGCAAAAGCAAGCCCAGCCUUGGUUGCUAAAGAUCCUGGUACUGUGGCUAACAAAAAGGAAGAAGAAGAUUUAGCAAAAGCUAUUGAGUUGUCUUUGAAGGAACAAAGGCAGCAGUCAACCACCCUUUCUACUUUAUACCCAAGCACAUCCAAUCUCAUAACUAACCACCAACAUGAAGGCCGAAAAGUUCGUGCCAUAUAUGACUUUGAAGCUGCUGAAGAUAAUGAACUUACUUUUAAAGCUGGAGAAAUAAUUACAGUUCUUGAUGACAGUGAUCCCAACUGGUGGAAAGGUGAAACCCAUCAAGGCAUGGGGCUAUUUCCCUCUAAUUUUGUGACUGCUGAUCUUACUGCUGAACCAGAAAUGAUUAAAACGGAGAAGAAGACGGUACAAUUUAGUGAUGAUGUUCAAGUGGAAACAAUAGAGCCAGAACCAGAGCAAGCCUUUAUUGAUGAAGACAAAAUGGACCAAUUGUUACAGAUGUUGCAAAGUACAGAUCCCAGUGAUGAUCAACCAGAUCUUCCAGAGUUACUUCAUCUUGAAGCAAUUUGUCACCAGAUGGGACCUCUCAUUGAUGAAAAGCUGGAAGAUAUUGAUAGAAAACAUUCAGAACUCUCAGAACUUAAUGUUAAAGUGAUGGAAGCACUUUCACUGUAUACGAAGUUAAUGAAUGAAGAUCCAAUGUAUUCCAUGUAUGCGAAAUUACAGAAUCAGCAGUAUUACAUGCAGUCAUCUGGUGUUUCUGGUUCUCAGGUAUAUCCAGGGCCUCCCCAAAGUGGUACUUACCUGGUUGCAGGGAGUGCACAGAUGAGCCAUCUCCAGAGCUACAGUCUUCCCCCAGAGCAACUGUCUUCUCUCAGCCAAGGAGCAGUUCCACCAUCUGUAAACCCAGCCCUUCCCAGUCAGCAGACUCAGGCGUCCUACCCUAACACAAUGGUCAGUUCUGUUCAAGGAAACACAUAUCCCAACCAGGCUUCAGUAUAUAGUCCUCCUCCUGCUGCUGCUGCUGCUACUGCUGACGUCACUAUAUACCAGAAUGCAGGAACUAAUAUGUCCCAGGUGCCAAACUAUAAUUUAACAUCAUCAACACUGCCUCAACCAGGAGGCAGUCAACAGCCACCUCAGCCACAGCAACCAUAUUCUCAGAAGGCUCUGCUAUAGGACUUGGGAUUCCUCUUUGUGGCAAAUAUCUGCUAAAUGCCGCUGACAAUGUUGUGAGAGUCUUUAAUAUUAUAAGGUUUGUUUAUCCUCAGCUUCUAGGAAUCUAUCUUGGUCUACAGGUUCAAAUACUCGAGAAGGCAGAACUCUCUUCAAUUUGCACUGACUUUUUAGAGGUUCUCCCUUCCCCCCUCCCCUAGAGGAAUGAAACUACUUACAACAUUUAAUUCCUUUCAUAAUAUGAAAGAAUUGAUACAAGAGUAUUUGUCUCAUGAAAUUACCUGGUCUGCAAAAAGUCAAAACUUACAAAAACUGUUUGUGGCAAAUGUUAUGUACAUAUAUUGCUGUGUAACUUCAUUAGUGGCCAUUUUGAAUCACAGUGGUGAUCAUGUGAAUAUAUUUAACACUGUUAAAUUAAUUUACAUUGCUAUUUUAUUUUAAUCAUGAACUACCAUGUUUCAUAAUGUUUUGUGUAAAUUUAAGAUAAUUACACUAUCCCUUUAAACUGCAAGAGAACAAAGCUGUAGCAUAUUUACGUGAAGGCAUUAUGUUGUCCAUGUUUCAGUUUCACAUUAAACUGAACCUUCCUUUGACUAAUUGUGAGCUAAACAUACGUAUUUUAUGUCUUUCUGUAGCCUCUGCAUACUACUAGCUGUCAUCACACCAGCGUACAGUAGCUAAAUUUUUGGUACAAUUAUAGCAAAUGAUGAUGUUCCCUUUCAAACUUUUACAUUCGGCAUGAUACUUCAGAAUAGUGUGGGACCAUGAGACAAAAUUAAGUAGGAUCACGGUCUUUAUAUCUUAUUUUUAAAGGAAUAAUGUUGGUUUUCUUUUUCCUAGUUGAAGAUAGUUAAUUAGAUUUCUAAGCUGUAUACUUGUGUUUAUUGGUGGCAGUGACACCAAAGAUAGAGGCAAUGGAUAGAAAUUUUUAAACUGGAAAGAAAACAUGAAUUACACUACACUUUCAAAGUUUCUUGUAAUUAUUUAGGAUAUAAACAAAAUUUGAUUCAUCUGUCUUUUCCCACUAUUAGUCUUUUAAAUAUGUCUUUAACACAUUGUAUCCUUUAAUUGUUCAUUAAAAUGGAUAUAAGUAGAUGUUUCAAAGUA